CCCCGCCCCUUGCCUCCCUCUCGCCCUGCCCCUCCGUUGCUGGCACCUCUCCGCCUCCUCCCCUUUUGACGUGGCCGAGGCGGCAACCAGCCAUGUUGUCCAGGCCGAGGCCCUCCCGAAGGCCGGGGGCGGGGCGGGGCCGCCCCUGAUUGCCGUGCCACGGCUGCUCCAGGACGGCGGAGGGGACUGACUUUGUGAGGCGGAGGCUGCGACCGGCGCGGAGCUCGUGGGAAGGUGCUGCGACAAAAAUAAGAAUCAAGCACUACAAUGACAACCUAUUUGGAAUUCAUCCAACAAAAUGAAGAACGAGAUGGGGUCCGGUUCAGUUGGAAUGUUUGGCCAUCUAGUCGGCUGGAAGCUACGAGGAUGGUUGUUCCGGUGGCAGCCCUCUUUACACCUCUAAAGGAGAGGCCCGACUUACCACCCAUUCAAUAUGAGCCUGUCCUGUGCAGCAGGACGACUUGCCGAGCAGUUUUGAAUCCUUUAUGUCAAGUGGAUUAUCGAGCAAAACUCUGGGCUUGCAACUUUUGUUACCAAAGGAAUCAGUUUCCACCUACAUAUGCUGGGAUAUCUGAACUGAAUCAGCCUGCUGAACUUUUACCCCAGUUUUCAAGCAUUGAAUAUGUAGUUCUGCGCGGCCCUCAGAUGCCUUUGAUAUUUCUCUAUGUGGUUGAUACUUGUAUAGAAGAUGAAGAUUUACAAGCUCUAAAGGAAUCCAUGCAGAUGUCAUUGAGUCUUUUGCCACCUACAGCUUUGGUUGGACUUAUUACUUUUGGGAGAAUGGUCCAGGUUCAUGAACUUGGAUGUGAAGGCAUUUCAAAAAGCUAUGUCUUCAGGGGAACAAAGGAUUUAUCUGCCAAACAACUGCAGGAAAUGCUGGCGCUCUCUAAAGUACCUGUUACUCAAGCCACACGUGGGCCUCAGGUCCAGCAGCCACCUCCUUCCAAUAGAUUCUUGCAGCCAGUACAGAAAAUAGACAUGAAUCUCACAGAUCUUUUGGGAGAACUUCAGCGAGACCCUUGGCCUGUACCACAGGGGAAGAGACCUUUGCGUUCCUCAGGAGUGGCUCUUUCUAUAGCUGUAGGACUACUUGAGUGUACUUUCCCCAACACGGGUGCUCGGAUCAUGAUGUUCAUUGGUGGUCCUGCUACCCAGGGACCUGGAAUGGUGGUUGGAGAUGAAUUAAAGACUCCAAUAAGAUCCUGGCAUGACAUUGAAAAGGAUAAUGCCAAAUAUGUUAAAAAGGGAACUAAGCAUUUUGAAGCACUGGCUAAUCGAGCUGCUACGACUGGGCAUGUUAUUGAUAUCUACGCAUGUGCACUAGAUCAGACGGGUCUCCUGGAGAUGAAGUGCUGCCCUAACCUUACGGGAGGAUACAUGGUAAUGGGUGACUCUUUCAACACUUCCUUAUUCAAGCAAACUUUUCAAAGAGUAUUCACCAAAGAUAUACAUGGACAGUUUAAAAUGGGCUUUGGUGGCACGUUAGAAAUAAAGACCUCAAGGGAAAUAAAGAUUUCAGGAGCUAUUGGACCCUGUGUGUCUCUUAACUCUAAAGGACCCUGCGUGUCUGAAAACGAGAUUGGAACAGGAGGGACUUGUCAGUGGAAGAUAUGUGGACUCAGUCCCACUACAACCUUAGCCUUGUAUUUUGAAGUUGUUAAUCAGCAUAAUGCUCCAAUUCCUCAAGGAGGACGAGGUGCAGUCCAGUUUGUCACCCAGUAUCAGCACUCAAGUGGGCAGAGACGUAUCCGAGUGACCACAAUUGCUAGGAACUGGGCAGAUGCUCAAACUCAAAUCCAAAACAUUGCUGCAUCUUUUGACCAGGAAGCAGCUGCCAUUCUCAUGGCCCGACUGGCAAUAUACAGAGCAGAGACAGAGGAAGGGCCAGAUGUGCUUAGGUGGUUGGACAGACAACUAAUUCGACUGUGUCAGAAAUUUGGAGAAUAUCACAAGGAUGACCCAAGUUCCUUCCGGUUUUCAGAAACAUUUUCCCUUUAUCCACAGUUUAUGUUUCAUUUGAGAAGAUCUCCUUUUUUGCAAGUUUUUAACAAUAGUCCUGAUGAGAGUUCAUAUUAUCGUCACCAUUUCAUGCGUCAAGAUCUGACACAGUCUCUAAUUAUGAUUCAGCCCAUUCUGUAUGCCUUCUUUAGUGGCCCACCAGAGCCAGUUCUUCUAGACAGCAGCAGCAUUCUUGCAGAUCGUAUUCUUCUCAUGGACACGUUUUUCCAGAUUCUGAUUUAUCACGGUGAGGUAAGACCAUAUACCAAGUUAGAUAUGAGUUCCCUCUCAGGAAGCAGGGCCCUGUGUAGCCAUUACUCUAUUUCAAAUGAGGUCCUUGUCUGUUGUAGAUUUCCAUGUGCAGUUCUCAGUACCACCCUGGUUUUAAUCACAAAUCCUUCUCUUUUCCUCCAGGAGUCCGGAGCACCUAUUCUCACAGAUGACGUUAGUUUACAAGUGUUUAUGGAUCAUUUGAAGAAACUUGCUGUGUCAAGUGCUGCCUGACAUGCCAGACGUGUUAGACACUCAAGAUGAAACCCUAUUCCAGUUUCUUUUGCUUUUCCCACUUAUCUGUGGAAGCAAGUGAUCUCUCUCCAAAUCUGUCUGUGGCCGUGUGAUCUGAGGUGACAUAUGAACAAAUAUCGAUGAUUAAGCUGAAAUAUAAUAAGAGCAAUGAGAACAAGUUGGUUUUGCUUGGUACAGUAUUAUAACUGGUUUUAUAAAUUUGAGUCUUUAUGAUUUGAUGUGUUUAAAGAGUUAGAAUGGUCUGCUUUGUAUUACAGAUUCACUUAUUUGUGUAUUGCAGACAGAUCCAAAGUGGCACUGGGCAUCUUCCCUGACCUCUUAGGAGUAUUUAGUAGCAGCCAGAAAGGAACAAAUGAGUAGUGAUGGCAUUAUGAAGAGUUUGCUUCUUUGUCAAGUAAUUUUCCUGUGUUUUUUAGCACACAUGUAUACUCUAUUCUGUAUUUGUUAAAGGGGAUUUAUUUGUGUGAUUUAUUUAGGAAUUAUUUGACUUUAUAGUAGUAAUUCCUAUGAAGGGAAUUUAAUGGUUUUGGUUAUUUGCAAAAAUUAUUUAGAGCUAAAAAAUCUGAGUGGGGUAACAAUCUCACAGCUGACAUUAAAUGUGAAAUUCCCACUAAGCACCCAACUCAUGUGACUAACCAGAGUAACUUUUUAAGGAAGCUAGAAAAAUACAGCAUGUUGUCAGGGUGAUGAAAGAAAUUCUUCACAGUAAAAAGUCCAUUGUAACUAUUAACCAUAUUUUGUUUUUGUUAUAUCAUUUUGUUGUUUUCCCUUGGUAGAUAAAUUUUUCAUUGUAUCCUUCAGUAUGUUAACACUACUUUAGGAGUUUUCACUUCACUUUUUGUUUCAGGUUCCUUGUGCAAUUUAUUAAUUUGUGGUUCUUACUGAGACAGUAUUAAUGUUUAGUUAUACCAUGUGGAGAUAGUUCUAUUUGAUGUAUUGAUUAGUAUCGUUCACUUUUACCUUUAAAGUUUACUUGUAGCAAAUGUUUACAUUGCUAAAGCAGAUAAGUUUGACAAUGAAUUUUAUGUAUCAAGUGCUGCAAAUGCAAGGUGGUGCUCCAAUAGUUGCUAAGGACAGUGGUGACUGUGAUUGUACUUGCAUGAACACAAUCAGAUGAUGGGAAAGCAGAAACAUCUAAUUGUUAUGCUCAACUGU